CCGGAGUCCAGCCGCAGCUCCUCUCUCAUUCAUGCUGAGCGCUGCUCUCUGUGCGCACGGAUCUGCAGAGCUGAGCUUUCUGCUUCUUCUGCUCUCUGACAAACCGAGCGGGAAUGGAAACGUCUUCUGCUGCAACUCUGACAUUCUAGUGAAAGAUAAAAAAGGGAAGAAAUUAUGCCAAGCAGGGAUAAUGCAAAACACUUGAUCUGGCUGAUGGUGGACGAAGCUGAGGAUCAGGGGAUGAGGAUAUAAAUCCACACGGGAGUGGAGGAUAAAAGAGAACAGGAAGAUUACUACUUCAAGACUUUUUUUUAUCCAUCUUUUUCCCCUGCAGUCUUAUAAGGCACUGACUGACCGCUUCGCAGAUUGCAAUCUCAAAAAUACACACUAACACACACUCCCCUUCCCUCACCACCAUGUCCUCACACCUUAAUCCACCCCUUCUGAUCUUCCCCUUACUCCUUCUUUGCUGCCUGCCCCAGACCACCACCUCAACCACCCCUCCUGUCUCUUCUCUCCUCUCCUUCUCUCCGCCAGAAGGUGGUCUCACGCAUUUGGUGGUCCACAACAAAACGGGAGAGGUCUACCUGGGUGCUGUCAAUUGGAUCUACAAGCUAUCCAGCAAUCUCACCAAGCUGCGGAGCCACGUUACUGGGCCUGUCACUGACAACCCUCGCUGUUACCCUCCCCCUGGUGUCCAGUCAUGCCCACAUGAGCUAGUGCAGACUUCUAAUGUCAAUAAACUCCUGCUACUUGAUGCUGCCCACAACCGCUUAAUUGCGUGUGGGAGUACUUCCCAGGGAAUAUGCCAGUUCCUGCGCCUGGAUGAUUUAUUUAAGCUUGGUGAGCCACACCACCGUAAAGAGCAUUAUCUAUCCAGCGUUGCAGAGCCAGACACUAUGUCUGGCGUAGUGAUCCCACCUGAUAUUUUUGGUGGGGGGAGCAAACUCUUUGUUGGCACCCCCAUUAAGGGAAAGUCUGAGUAUUUCCCUACGCUAUCUAGUCGCAAGCUAAUGUCGAACGAGGAGAAUGCUGACAUGUUCAGCUUUGUGUACCAGGAUGAGUUUGUGUCUUCCCAGCUUAAGAUUCCCUCUGACACUCUGUCCAAGUUCCCAGCGUUUGACAUCUACUACAUUUAUGGCUUCAACAGUGAGCAAUUUGUGUACUACCUCACCUUACAACUUGACACCCAAUUGACUUCACCAGACGCAAACAGCGAACAGUUCUUCACUUCCAAGAUUGUCCGCUUAUGCGUUGAUGAUCCCAAGUUCUACUCGUAUGUUGAAUUCCCCAUUGGCUGCACUAAGGACGGAGUGGAGUACCGCUUGGUUCAGGAUGCUUAUUUGGCCCGACCAGGAUCGCGCUUGGCUCGUUCCCUUGGCAUUCGAGAGCACGAGGAGGUUCUCUUCACUGUAUUUGCCCAAGGUCAGAAGAACAGAGAGAAGCCGCCCAAAGAGUCAGCUUUGUGUUUGUUCACAAUGAGGCAGAUAAAGGAAAAGAUUAAAGAAAGGAUUCAGUCAUGCUACAAAGGAGAGGGGAAACUCUCCCUUCCCUGGCUGCUCAACAAGGAGCUGGCCUGCAUCAACUCGCCGCUGCAGAUAGACGAUAACUUCUGCGGCCAGGAUUUCAACCAGCCUCUGGGAGGAACAAAAGCUAUUGAGGGCAUCCCGCUUUACGUGGACAAGGAUGACGGCAUGACCUCUGUGGCACCUUAUGACUACAGAGGCAACACCGUGGUGUUUACAGGCACCCGCAGCGGACGCAUAAGGAAGAUCUUGGUGAACUCCAUCGCCCAGCCUGUCCUGUUGUACGAGAAUGUGAUGGUGAGCGAUGGGAACCCCAUCUUAAGAGAUCUGCUCUUCAGUCCAGAUCACCAGUUCCUGUACACCCUCACUGAUAAACAGGUCACCCGCGUGCCAGUGGAGAGCUGCGAGCAGUACACUUCUUGCAGAGACUGUCUGGGAUCAGGAGACCCUCACUGCGGAUGGUGUGUGCUACAUAACAUAUGUUCGAGGAGAGAUCGCUGUGAGCGUGCAGAGGAGCCCCAGCGUUUCACCACCAGAGUCGAGCAGUGUGUUCAUCUUUCCGUCCAUCCUGAGACUGUCUCUGUCACCAUGUCAGAAGUGCAGUUGGUGCUUCAGGCGCAGAACGUGCCCAGUCUGUCUGCAGGAGUAAACUGCUCCUUUGAGGACUUCGUAGAGACAGAGGGGCGCAUCUAUAGUGGACGGAUCUUCUGCCUGUCUCCCUCUACCAAAGAAAUUGCUCCUAUUACACGAGACCAGGGUGACCAACGUGUAAUAAGGCUGUAUCUGAAGUCCAAAGAGACGGGGAAGAAGUUUGCCAGCGUUUUAUUCAUCUUCUACAACUGCAGCGUCCACCAAUCGUGCCUGUCCUGCGUCAACGCCAACUUUCCCUGCCACUGGUGCAAAUACCGCCACAUGUGCACUCAGGACGCCAGCGACUGCUCCUUCCAGGAGGGUAGAGUCAACACUUCACAGGAGUGCCCUCAGAUCCUGCCCUCCACUCAGAUCUACAUUCCUGCUGGUGUGAUGAGGCCGAUCACUCUGCUGGCUCAGAACCUGCCCCAGCCUCAGUCUGGACAAAGGAACUAUGAGUGCAUCUUUCACAUCCAGGGCAACACAUACAACGUCCCUGCACUGAGGUUCAACAGCUCCAGCAUCCAAUGUCAGAAGACCAUGUACGACUAUGAGGGCAGCGGUAUCAGCGACCUGCCGGUUGACCUCUCUGUGGUGUGGAACGGGAACUUUGUCAUCGACAAUCCCUUCAACAUCCAAGCCCACCUGUACAAGUGCAGGGCAUUACGGGACAGCUGCGGCAUGUGCCUGAAAGCUGACCCCAGGUUUGAAUGCGGUUGGUGCGUCCAAGAGAAGAAGUGCUCCCUGCGGCAGGAGUGUACGGUCGGUGGAAACUCCAACCUUCCUCUGCAGCUGGCUGAAGGUGGGGGGUGGAUGCAUGCCACAUCUGGAAACAGCCGCUGCACUCACCCCAAGAUCACUAAGUUGUUCCCAGAGACUGGACCACGUCAGGGGGGAACCAGGUUGACCAUCUGGGGGGAAAACCUGGGCCUACAAUUUCGAGACAUCCAGAUGGGAGUCAGGCUGGGAAAGGUGCCCUGUGUGCCAAUUGAAGAGGAGUAUAUCAGUGCCGAGAGAAUCGUGUGCUUGCUGAAUGAUGCUACUGGCUACAGGGUCCAAGAAGCUCAGGUCGAGGUGUGUGUGAGAGACUGCGUCAAUGACUAUAGAGCUUUGUCACCAAGGCCAUUCACCUUUGUGACUCCUUAUUUCACUCGAAUCCAGCCGUCUCAGGGACCCAUUUCGGGCGGCACCAGGGUCACCAUUGAGGGGAGCUAUCUCAACGCAGGCAGCUAUGUGUCAGUCAGCAUCGGGCCACAGCCCUGCCACUUUAAGAGGAGAAAUGCACGAGAGAUCGUGUGCGUCACCCCCGCCGGACUCGCACCAAGCAGUUCAUCAGUCUUGGUGGACAUUGAUGAUGCUGAGCUGCGGAAUCCAGAGGUCCGAUUUAACUACACUGAAGACCCCACGGUCCUAAAAAUAGAGCCUGAUUGGAGCAUUGCCAGUGGUGGAACUCCUCUGACAGUGAGCGGGACCAACCUAGCAACCAUCCGAGAACCGAAGAUCAGGGCCAAGUAUGGGCAGGCCGAGUCCUUUCAUAACUGCACUGUAUACAACAAUUCUGUGAUGGUCUGCAUCGCUCCGUCAGUGGCUGACUCCGAGCUGGGAUUUUCUGACACCGGCUCCGGUCCGGAUGAAAUCGGCUUUUACAUGGACAAUGUCAACUCUCUGGUGGUGGUCAACGAAACGUUCAGCUACUACCCUGACCCUGUCUUUGAGCCGCUGAGUCCAUCCGGUGUACUGGAGCUCAAACCUACAUCCCCACUAAUACUCAAGGGUCGUAACCUGAUCCCAGCGGCCCCAGGUAACAGCCGCCUGAACUACACGGUGCUGAUUGGAGAAACUCCCUGUGUCCUGACCCUGUCUGAGAGCCAGCUGUUGUGCGAAUGGCCCAACCUCACCGGACAACACAAAGUCACGAUCCGGGCCGGUGGAUUCGAAUACUCACCAGGAACUCUUCACAUCUACUCGGACAGUCUCCUCACCCUUCCUGCUAUCAUUGGCAUUGGAGGGGGUGGGGGCCUGCUCCUCUUGGUGAUUAUCGCCGUCCUCAUAGCCUACAAGAGGAAGUCGAGGGAUGCGGACCGCACCCUGAAACGUCUGCAGCUCCAGAUGGACAACCUCGAGUCACGAGUGGCCCUGGAGUGUAAAGAAGCUUUUGCUGAGCUCCAGACAGACAUCCAUGAACUGACACAGGAACUGGACGGAGCGGGGAUUCCCUUCUUGGACUAUCGUACGUACGCAAUGAGGGUUCUGUUCCCAGGGAUUGAGGAUCACCCUGUCCUAAAGGAGAUGGAGGUACGGGUCCAAGCCAACGUAGAGAAGGCGCUCACGCUGUUUGGCCAGCUGUUGACUAAGAAGCACUUCUUGCUGACAUUCAUUCGAACGCUUGAAGCUCAAAGGUCAUUUUCGAUGCGGGAUCGUGGCAACGUUGCAUCUCUGAUCAUGACGGCCCUGCAGGGGGAGAUGGAGUACGCGACGGGGGUUCUGAAACAACUGCUGUGUGAUCUGAUAGACAGAAACCUGGAGAGCAAAAAUCAUCCUAAGCUGCUGCUGAGAAGAACGGAGUCUGUAGCUGAAAAGAUGCUAACCAACUGGUUUACAUUCCUUCUGUACAAGUUCCUCAAGGAGUGCGCCGGCGAGCCUCUGUUCAUGCUGUACUGUGCCAUCAAGCAGCAGAUGGAGAAGGGACCCAUUGAUGCCAUCACAGGAGAAGCUCGCUACUCCCUCAGCGAAGACAAACUCAUCAGGCAACAGAUUGACUACAAAACACUGACGUUGCACUGUGUUAACCCGGAAAAUGAAAACGCAUCAGAGGUGACGGUCAAGUGUCUGAACUGUGACACCAUAACUCAGGUCAAAGAGAAGCUGCUUGAUGCCAUGUACAAAGGCAGCCCUUACUCCCAAAGGCCCAAGGCUUCUGAUAUGGACCUCGAAUGGCGUCAGGGUCGGAUGGCCCGAAUCAUUCUUCAGGAUGAAGAUGUCACAACCAAGAUCGACAACGACUGGAAAAGACUCAAUACGCUGGCUCACUAUCAGGUAACAGAUGGCUCCGUGAUCGCUCUGGUGCCAAAGCAGAACUCUGCGUAUAACAUCUCCAACUCCUCCACCUUCACAAAGAGCCUCAGCAGAUACGAGAGCAUGCUGAGGACAGCCAGCAGCCCCGACAGCCUACGGUCCAGAACCCCAAUGAUCACACCGGAUCUGGAGAGUGGGACCAAACUCUGGCAUCUGGUGAAGAACCAUGACCACUCAGACCAGAGGGAGGGAGACCGAGGAAGCAAGAUGGUCUCUGAGAUCUACCUCACCAGGCUGUUGGCCACAAAAGGUACAUUACAGAAGUUUGUGGACGACUUGUUUGAGACCAUCUUCAGCACAGCUCACAGAGGAAGCGCGCUGCCGCUGGCCAUCAAGUACAUGUUCGACUUCCUGGACGAGCAAGCAGACAAACACUCCAUCACAGACUACGACGUACGACACACCUGGAAGAGCAACUGUCUCCCUCUGCGCUUCUGGGUAAACGUGAUCAAGAACCCCCAGUUUGUUUUUGACAUCCAUAAAAACAGCAUCACGGAUGCCUGCCUCUCUGUUGUGGCUCAGACCUUCAUGGACUCAUGUUCGACGUCUGAGCACAAACUGGGAAAAGAUUCGCCUUCAAAUAAGCUUCUUUACGCUAAAGACAUUCCCAACUACAAGAGCUGGGUAGAAAGAUAUUACUCGGAUAUUUCCCGUAUGCCAGCAAUCAGCGAUCAGGACAUGAGUGCCUACUUAGCAGAGCAGUCCCGCCUGCACCUCGACCAGUUCAACAGUAUGUCUGCUCUGCAUGAGAUCUACACCUACAUCAUCAAAUACAAAGAUGAGAUCCUCUCUGCGCUACAGAAGGACGACCAGUCUCGCAGGCAGCGGCUACGCGGCAAGUUAGAGCAGGUCAUCGACACAAUGGCCCUGGCAAGCUGAGGUCCGGCCAAUCAGACACCUCAGCUAGUGCAGAACUGGCUUACCCAAACGCCUUCCCUCACCACUUUUGACAUCCCGUGACAUUUUUGAUUCUUGACGUCUGAGAUCUGUUGUCACUGCGGUGGCAGAUGACGACCUGCAGCAGUGAAAAAGGCUGCAAAGACACGAGCACCGCGCAGGAGAGGCGCACUGGAAGGACAGCAGAGUCUGGAAUCUAUCAGAAUGUUUAUUCCACCCCCUUUUAUUUCAUUACUAUUCUUUUUCUUCCUUCUUCUUAGUGUCUGAGCCACAAUUCUUACUAUCAGCCAAAUCAAACGCAACCUCCAGCCUCAGAUAAUAUGGACCUAAACUAAAACAGGUGAGCAGAAGAAAAGACUCCUUUAGCUGGAGCUGACACUCUACAGGAAAAAGCUCCGAACCACCAAGGUAAUGUUUCAGACUGCGAAUUAUCAAAAACCCAGGAGAUUUCAUUACUCUCCCUUUCUGUUGCUGUCCUCUACGGGGGAUAUAUAACAUCAGGGACUUUUGCAGAACUGCAGCAAAAAGAACUGUCAGAG